CCUUGCGCUGUUCGAAUCGCAGGCAAAUCGGCACCACCCAUCGUCCAUCAAAACAACCAAAAACCACCCACCACCAAUACCGCCCACCGCCCACCUGCGUCUCGGGCCGCAAGGUUGGCAAAAUACAAUUAUUCGAGCGCGAAUCCGUGGUGGCUGAUUUUUUGAAUUAAAUUAAAUUGAAUACAAAGUUGCAAUUCGCGUGAGUCCUUCGUAUGACGAGCUGUUCAUAAAAAGGAUAUUUAUUUGCCAAGUCAGUUUCUGUGUUUGCGCGCGUGUGUGUGUGUGUUUGUCGUGUCGGGUCAGUUGAGCGUUCAAGGACUCUGCUGCAGCAACUACAAAAUAGCUAGAAAACCAGUGCCAGAAACAACAAUAUGUGUGCAAUAAAGGCGAGAAACGUGACAGCAACGUGCCAAUAGGCGAGAAGGCAUUGAAAAGCUGAAAAGGAACAUAUAUAUUUUUGAGUGAACGGAAAACCAAGAAAAUAUUGCAGUUUGCUCAACCCAAUCUACGAUGCAUUUCUGGAUUGACAAGCGAUCGCAGCAAUGCGGUUUUGGACGUUCCCGUGUGGCUGCCUCCUUGUCCCAUGCUGGCAGCGGCCUAAGCUACGGUCAUCCACCACGCAGAACUAAGUCUACAAGUUGCAGCAACAACAGCGGGCAGUCGAUGCCCCCGGUGCAUAGAUCUCUGCCACAGACGCCGUACGAUCUGCACCAACCGGGCACAAGUCGCCAGUCUCAGUCGUCGCAGUAUGGCAAUAAUAACCCUGUGCACGGCCAGCAGCAACAGCACAUGUUGCAUCAACAUUACAGCGGUGGCACUAGCAACAACAAUAACUUAGCUGCCACCGGUACAACAACAACUGCCAGCAACAAUAACAAUGCCAGCGGAAUAGCCUCCUCGGCAGCUGUCCUUACUGGUAGUGGAACUAUCGUUCCCCUGGUGGCGCGUGGCUCGCACUACAAUCAUCAUGGCAGUGCGCGUUAUCAGCCGAGGUCGCAGCAGCAGCAGCAGUUGUUGCACCAACAACAACAGCAGCAGCAACAGCAUCAACAGCAGCAACACUACAGCUAUCACCAUCCACAAUUUGGCAACAUGGCAGUGCCCAUGAGGCACUACGAUGCACAUCAGCAGCAGCAGCAGCAGCAAUAUUCGGGCAAUAUCUAUGCUGAUGAUGCCUACAGCGCCUAUCACCAUACCCCCCAUCACCAGCACAGUAGCAAUCACUCGACCAGCGGCAGCAACAACCAGCGACAAUCGUCCGCCUAUGCCACGCCCCGUCGUCACAAUUCCAGCAACAACAUGCGACACUCAACGACAGCCGCAACAGCAGCAACAUCAACGGUAGCCGACACAGCAAACGUCGCCAGUCCAGCGGUAACUGUUGCUGCCGUACCUGCAACAGGGCACAGCAACCGCUUGCAGCAGCAACAUCAUGCAUUGCUGCAACAUGCGGACUCACAACUGCUACCCAGCCAUUUGAAGUGCGGCAUGUGCGCCUCACUGGUGCUGGCCUCAGUUUUUGUGGCCGGAACGAAGUUCUACUUUGACCACCAAGGCACCGGACUGGAGGUGCUGAUCUUCUGCGCCUUCUCGGCCACCUUUUUCCUGGCUGCCUGCCUGGUCAGUCUCUGUCGCAUUCCCAAGGCGUUGCUCUCUAAUUCCGGUCGCUCGGAUGGACGGGCAGCGGUUUGUCAUAGUCGUGGUGUGAACUCUUCCUCCUUAGCAGGAUCCGGAACGCCCCAGUCAGCUGGCUGUCUGCUGGAGAUGAGCGAGGGGCGGUAUCUGGAGGAACGGGAAUUAACCGCAGUGGGCGGAACGGCUGCAACUGCCGGCCCGCCACCUUACCAUAUAGCCAUAUUGUUGCCGGAACAGACACCGGCGACAAUGGGCAAACAACUUCCGCUGGAUGAAUCGCCGCCGCCCUCAUAUGACAAGAUUCUCGUAUAGGCUGUCGAGGAAUUGAUCCUCAGUUAGAGUUCGCGAACCCUGAUCCUUGACACCCUCAAUGCACAAUGCCAAGUACUUUUGCUCAGUAUUUUUCUAAAAAAAAAAACAAAAAACAAAACGAUAUCACAGUUUAUAUAAACAUUUA